CAAUUCUCCCGCCAAAAUCAAAACCCUAAAUAAGCAAAAACAAUCAGCUCUUUACUAAUUUUACAGCAAUCAACAAUGGCGGAAAAUGAAGAAAUCAACACGGAAACACUUCAAUCCAGUUUUCCGGCAGGCAGAGUGAAGAGAAUCAUGAAACUAGACACAGAAAUAAACAAAGUAAACUCCGAUGCGCUGUUCGUAAUCUCCAACGCCACCGACCUUUUCCUCAAGUUCUUAACGGAGAAAUCAUCGGAAGUUGCAAUCGAGAAGAAACGGAAGACGAUAAAGCUGGAGCAUCUUCGAAUGGCCGUGAAGAGGCACCGUCCGACCGCUGAUUUUCUUCUGGAUUCUCUUCCGAUGCCGCCACCAGUUCAGAUCUCGUCGAAAACCGACCGAUCUCAUAAAAGCGAUGAGAAGAAGAAAAACUCGGUGCCAGCUGGCACUCGCGGAAUUGACAGUUUCUUCAAGAAAUGCGAGUAGAAUAGUAGAUGAACACUGUAUGGAUCUUUUCUUCUUUCUAUCAUUUCAUAUCAUAUCAUGAUAUUUAAGUAGAAUGUAGUUGUUAAGCCUAAGUUCGAUUCAAUGAUGACUCUGAAUUGAAAUUAAGUUUAUUUGUUUUUUGUAAA